ACGUGGCGUGUUGUUUACAUCUUGACUGAUUGCACACAUGGAAGCUGGAAGAAGCACCGCGAUUGUGAAAUCGCAUUCCAUGCUAAUAUUACAAUCUCGGCAGGCAACUGCAUCUUUCAAAGUAGAAGCUUACAGUUUUAACACCAGCGAAAUGGCAGAUUGCUGAUAAAAGCUGUCUAGGCUUUUUUGUCUGUCGACAUAUGAGAUCCUGUUUUCAGGAUGUUCCUGCCUGGGAGCCAGAUGGUCCACUUUGACUUUGCUUCAGGCUUAACUGAGCACAGAAGCCAAAGUGAAAACAUUCAGCAAACAAAGAGUUUCAAGGAAUUCUUAGUAAAACUGAAGAGGGUCAUUGGUGGGCUGAGAAAAGAUUCCCUCUUCUGCAGCUUGCGAGUUCCUAACCAGUAUCAGACAGCAAAAGAAGAAAUUGAUCUAGUCAUCCUCACAGGGCGUGGAAUAUUUUGUAUUGAUGUCAAAAGCUGGAAAGGUGAAGUGUCAGUGCAAAGACAGAACUGGCACGUGCACAUCAAAGAACAAGAAGAGCAUUUCACAAACACUUCUAUCACCCAGAUGCCUGAUCCAGUCCAGGCGAUUAAGAACAAGACAGCCAAUCUGUGGAGUCGUGUAGUGCGUAGCGGUGUGGCUGUCCACCAGUCUCUCUUCAUUCCUUGGGUGGUCUUCCUCUCGCCAGACUGCAUACUGGACGAGGAUCUCCAGAAGACCAAGGAGGUGGUGACCCAUGGAGGCCUGGAUUCAUUCUUUCACUCCUUCAAAGAAGGUUACCUGGGAUGGCUUUCAGACGCAUUCACUCCAUCUUUGUUAUCUGGCCACCUCUCUUACCGGCAGAUUGCCAGCAUUAGAGAGGUGCUAAAGAGAACAGGGACAUGGGACACGGUCAGCCUGCAUGGUGGGGGGCAGCUGAAGGGAGACUACCGGGGCUGCCAGCACCUUGCCCUCAGCCGCGAGGAGACUGACGUGCUGGAGUUCUCCCACGUCCGCACCCUGUCAGCAGGGUCCCUGUGGGUUCUGCUGGGGUACUCCCCAAAGGUGACGGUCAAGAUGUACAAGCGAGGCAGGCAGGGCUGGCUGGGCAGGCCACUCACGAGCAUGGCCACUAUCCCCUACAACACCCACAUCAGCUUCAGGGUCUGUGGAGAGGAUGCAGAUGCCAAGAUUCCAGCCAAUCACAUUGACAGAAUCCACCUCAGCCUCUGAAAAGUAGAUUUUAAGUGGGCUUUACAAGAACAAAAAAGUAUAUACCCUGACUGAAACAUGGGGAAAAAAAUGCCCAUUGAUUGCUUGAUCAUCUCCUUCAGCUAUCAAAGGUAAUAUGAUAUAGUCCCAUGUCACUGGUCACUUGGAAAUAACUAAAAUCGAAAGAAAGUCUAAGCAGGCGGUGAAUGAAUAUGGUAGAACUAUUUAAAUUAUGUUGCUUUCCGUACUUAUUGUAAACACAGAAGCGUGCCUACAUGUAUUUUCAGUGAAUGUGACGUGUGGUGCAUUAAAAGCCCUGUUUCCCAAUGAAA